AUGCCAAAAUCAUACGAGUUUGGGUAUUCUGUGAAAGACGCCAAGUCUGGCAACGAUUACGAUAGGAGGGAGGUUUCCGAUGGGAACGUCGUGCGAGGGGAGUAUAGAGUGCAACUGCCUGACGGACGGACACAAAUCGUCACCUACCACGCGGACUGGCAGACUGGUUUCCACGCGGACGUGAGGUACGAGGGUGAAGCGAGGUAUCCUGAGACUAAUAAUCAAGGUUACAACUACAAUGUACCAGAAUAUUCUGGAUCUCUUAACGGUUUCCAUGGCAACGGUAACAACUUCAAGGCCGUCUACGGUCCGCCCGGAUAUCAC